AUGGAAUUUCAGAUGUCAAACAAUUAUUUCCAAACACGCCUUGAUGCAGCAAGUAAUCAUCCAUUAAAUUAUCCAUCAGCAACAAAUAGUGAAAAUGAUGACAACAUUUCCAGUCCGACUAGUCUUACUACCAUCCAAAGCGCAACUAAUCUAUCCAAAUUAGAUGGUUUAGCCAAUACCAGGAACAACAAUAAACUGCAACUAAGUAUAAGCUUAAAAGAAAUCGAAUCUGAAAUUGGUGGUUUGGUUAAUAAAUACACUCAAAAAGCUGGUUUAGCAUUCUUACCCAAACAAAGACGUAAACAUGUUCAUAAACAAGGCGGGAAUUUUACAAUAAUGUUAGCGGGCUCAAGAGGGACAGGCAAGACAAGUCUUAUCAAUUCUUUAUUUGGAACUGACUUAUUGCCUUUAAAAGUUGACAAUGAAAAGAAAGAACAGACUAUCAAUGUUAAUAGAUUUGAAUUGGUUGAGGAUGGAUUUAAAUUAAAUCUUCAAGUUAUUGAAGUAAGUCAAUUUGGUAAUUCUUUAGAUAAUCGAUAUGCUUGGGCUUCAUUAUGUAAUUUUAUUGAUGAACAAUAUCGAUCAUAUUUAUAUCAAUCUCAACAACCCAAUAGGACUUUAUUGAAUGAUACAAGAGUACAUGUUUGUUUAUAUUUCUUAAAUGCUGCAAAAGAUCAAUUGUCAGAAUUAGAUGUUCAAAGUAUGAAAAAUCUUGCCAAGAAAGUUAACUUAAUCCCAAUUGUUGCAAAAAGUGAUACCCUUACUCACGAAGAAUUAAAAAAUUUUAAAUCAAUAGUAAAACAAACAUUGAAUACUGAAAAUAUUAGUAUUUGUCACAUGAUGAAGAAUCUUAAAUUGCUUGAAAUUAUUAGUUCCAAUAUGCCGUAUAGUAUUAUUUCAUCAACUGAAUGGUUUCGAAAUGAAGAUAAUAUAUUAGUUAGAGGUAGGAAAUAUGAUUGGGGAUUGGUCGAAAUUGAGAAUCCUGAUCAUUGUGAUUUCUGUCUUUUGAAAAGUCUCUUAAUUGACGAAAAUAUGCUUGAAUUUACCUUAUCAACUGAAGAUUAUUAUGAAUCAUAUCGAACUUCGCACCUUUCUGAGAAAUUAUUUUAUUUGGCUGCAAAACAGUCUGAAUCAAUUUUGAAUCUUGAUGGAAUACAACAAUUAAUAAGUUAUAAUAAAUUAAUCACAAAAGAAAAAGCCAUCAAUGAGUCUUCCAAAAAAGCUGGGAAUAAUAAUAUUCAAGAUGAAUUUGAACAACGGAAACGAGAGGUUAAAAUCAGGAUUGGAAAAGAAUAUACGGACGAAGAAAAGAGAUUGGAUAGUUGGAAAAAGGAUUUAAUUCGAAAGCAAGAGAAUUUUAGAAAAGAAUUGGAAAAGCUAGGUAGAUAUAGAAAAGAUUUACAAAAGAUGCUUGAAGAUAUUAAUGGAAGACGUAAUGCUAGUGACUCAAGUUAUCAUAUAAAUAGUGAGAUUUCUUCAAGGAGUAGUUUUAAUGAAAAUAGUAUUUCUUGA